CCCCAUGUUGUCUUUCCAGGUUCUCACCUCCUGAUAUGCUACUUGAAAAGUGAUUGCAGCUCGCUGGGGUUCCGUCUCGGUUAGCCGAGGCUGUGGUGUGUUUGGGGGUUGGAAAUAAGACCUUUUCAUUGAAUUUCUGUCUUUGCUUUAAUAAUAUCAAGCUUGCUGGCGAUUGAAGACGUCUUCUCCUCCAUUACUACCUGUGUGGUAAUUUUAUGUUAGCGCAGUUAAGUCUACUCGUGAGCUUUGAUUAGCCUCUGCCGUGUCACAAUCAGUACUUUUACGUGGAGGAGAUGGUGGAAGGCUGUGUCUGUGACACUCGCCUCCUCUCAGCUGGACUUGGAUCUUUCACCUGCUGGCUAGUCAAUCAUUAAUGCCGGAACAGGGAACUGAGAGGGCGAAGACGGCACCCCGCAGCGCUGGUCCUUCCUGCUUGGAGCUGGGUCGGCUGAAGAUCAGCAAACAGGAGAUGGGACGAGGUUCCAACUGCAGCUGGAUCGGGCCUGAGAUCCCGCUGUCAUCAGAGAUCUUCAGCGCCAUUAAAGACGACCUGUGGCUGUUUCUCAUCCCUGCUGCUCUGGCUCUGCUUUUACUGGCCUUGUUCCUGGAGGAAGUGGGCUUCUUCCUGCGCCGUGUGCCGUCCACCAGGCGGAAACAACUCUGCCUGUGGAUUUUAGGAAUGUACCCGGUGUUUGCCUCGACCUCCCUCAUAGCAUUGUACGUCCCUCGAUCGUCCUCGCUGUGCAAUUUCAUCGCUUCGUUGUACCACUCCAUCACGCUGUUGAAGUUCAUGGCACUGAUCACGGACCUGUUUGGAGGGAAGACUCGUAUGCUUGAUGCCUUGUCUGGCCAGCAGGUGUCGCCAAAUCCAUUCCCCUGCUGCUGCUGCUGCUGCCUCCCGAUGGUGGCCAUCAACAGCAGCAGCCGGGGAUGGAUGAUGGCUGCUGUGCUCCAGCUGUCAGUGGUCCGAAGUAUCGUUUUUGUCACUCUGGUCCUGUGGACAGAUGAACAGUACGACUAUGGAGACGUGAGUCAAAUGAAACCAAACCUGUAUGUGAACGGUAUUAUAGGCAUGUCGACUCUCCUCUCCUUCUACGACCACCUUCUGUUUUACAAAGCCACGAAGAGCGCUCUGCACGGACACGGACUGAGGGCAAAGUUCAUCUGCAUCGUCCUGGUGCUGGUGCUGUGCGGCCUGCAGAGCGGGGUCCUGGAGACCAUGGGCGCCAUGGAGGUCAUCCCGUGCAUGCCACCGUUCUCUGUGCUGACCAGGUCGCAGUUGAUUUACCACUACUGUGUGAUUGUGGAAAUGUUCUGCAUCGGCCUGUAUGCCCGUCACACCUUCCGGAAGGUGGAGCCAAGCUCAUCGCUGGAGGAGGAGGUGCAGUGCAACAACUGGCAGCUGGAAAAGGGAGUUCAAACAGAUGAAGUUGAUGGUGGACAUCUCAAACCCAGCUUGAUAUCAGAGGAGGCAUGGCCUGGCUUCUCCAAUACCAGGCACAGCAGUGACAGUGAGGAUGUCCUCUGCAGGAUAGAACAUGGACCGCUGGGUGGGUUCCCUUUAUCUCUGCUGCCAGGAAGGCCAGAUCCAGUGUUGAGUCCUAGAUCUUCAGAACAGCCUACUGUAAAUCUGGACCAUAUAACAGUGGUGGCUGAUGUUAAUGAUCAGGGUUGUAAGGACAUCACUGUGGUGUGACCCACCAUGGAAGACGACUAAGAUUCAACAAGGCAUAGAAGAACCUUGAUGUAAACAUUUGAAUAAAUGAUGUAAAGCCAGUGUUUGGUCUCUCAAAGACCUUCAGGAACUGACCUAAUAUUUUUGGCAUGUAUUUUAUUUUGAGGACACUCAGAGAGCACAUGCCUGUACCAUC